ACUGGGGAUAAAUUGGUUGUUCAAGAGCGGAACGAGAGCGCUGGAGUCCCACCUCUCAGCGUCUCCCACAGGCAGCUUUCACUUCUGCACGUGUGUACUAUAAAGCGCGCGGCGCGAGCUCGAGGCGCCCCGACCGACAGGACCGGCUGUUCCCGUCGACACGGACCCUUCACGCGCUCUUCACGUGCCCGCACGCGAGACAUGGUGGUUUCGGGCCGCGCGGCCGCGCUCCUCUGCGCGACUCUGUUCGCCGUGAUUUGGACGUGGGCGCGAGCGAGCGAAACGCAUGCUGCCACCGUGUACUGGGACGCUGCCCACAAGACCGUGCUGCUGAAGGAAGGGGUGCUUGACAAAGAAGGGGACGCCUAUGGAUUUUUCAAGAACACGCUGUCCCAAACGGGCUGGGGUGUCCUGGAGGUGCGGGCAGGCUAUGGGGUAACCCCACAGCAUGAUGAGCUCACCUUCUUCCUGGCAGGAUUCCUGGAGGGUUACCUUACCGCUCAGCAGAUGUUUAGCCACUAUGACAACAUGUAUCCUCAGUUGAUUAACAGCCCAGAAGUACUGGCAACUGUGAAGGACUUCAUGAGUAAGCAGGACUCAUGGACAAGGAAACAAGUGAAGACUAACAGCACUGACCCAUUCUGGAAACAUGUAGGCUUUGUGGUGGCCCAGAUGGAUGGGCUCCAGGCUGGAGCUGCACAAUGGGCCAAAAACCACCAGAGACAGCCCCUGUCCAUUUUUGAUGUGCAGUUCCUCAAUGCAGUGGGGGACCUCCUGGACCUAAUCCCAGCUCUUUUUCCAAAUAAAGAUUAUGCUGAAGGUCACCUGAAACUACCUGGCAUGGGUCACUGUUCUGCCCUCAUUAAGAUGUUGCCUGGCUUUGAGAACCUCCUGCUGGCACACUCGAGCUGGUACACCUAUGCUGCCACUCUGCGUAUUUACAAGCACUGGGAUUUCAACCUGAUGGAGCCACAUGCUGCCACUGGCAAAUUGUCCUUCUCCAGUUACCCUGGGUUCCUGGUGUCCUUGGAUGACUUCUACCUCCUGGGCAGUGGACUGAUUAUGACACAGACCACCAACAAUGUGUUCAACACCUCUCUGUACUCCCUGGUGAUGCCCCAAAGCCUGCUGGCCUGGCAGAGGGUUAGAGUGGCCCAUUCUUUGGCCCACAGUGGGGAUGAGUGGGGGAAAACUUUCUCCAGGUAUAAUUCUGGUACUUACAACAACCAGUACAUGGUGGUGGACCUCAGUAAGAUUUCUCUGGGAAAGAAAAUUGAGGACGGUGCUCUUGUCAUUGUUGAGCAGAUUCCUGGGCUUGUAAUGUAUUCGGACCAGACGCCGACUCUGCGCAGAGGCUACUGGCCCUCGUACAACGUGCCAUUCCACCCUGAAAUCUACAACAUGAGUGGCUACCUUGAGAUGUGGGAAAAAUACGGAGAGGAUUUCUCUUAUGACCUCUGCCCCCGAGCAAAAAUCUUCCGCAGGGACCAGGCUAACGUCACAGACUUGGCCUCACUGAAAUACAUAAUGAGAUACAACAAUUACAAAAAUGACCCCUAUUCCAAAGGAAGUCCAUGUAAGACCAUUUGCUGUCGCAAUGACCUGUUGACGGUAAAUGCCAAGCCAGGAGGCUGCUAUGACACCAAGGUCACAGACUUCAAUAUGGCACAGAAAUUUAAGGCAGAGGCUGUGAAUGGGCCCACAACCCAAGGUGGGCUUCCACCCUUCUCCUGGAGCCAGUUCAAUGACACUGUGCAUGAAGGCCUGCCCCUUGUCUAUAACUUCACCUUUGUUCCCAUGAAGCCCGUUCUCUUUAUCCCCUGAGCCCCGGGGAUAAGUGGAUGAAUGUAUAGAAGAAAAUGUCCAAAGUGGUGGUUAUAGAAUUACAAGGAUGUUUUGAGGCUGUAAUUAGAAAUGACAUUCCUGCCAUAAUACUGACACUUUAAUAUGGAGCUUUGAACAUUAGAAAAGAUGUUUCAGAGGAAAAGUAAGCUUGGUAAUGUCAGCGUAUGGCCCGGUUGGCCACUGGGGAGCCUUUCAUAAUGGUAAAUCAUUGCUCUUGUGAUCAUGGUGCUUGAUCAGGCAAUCUUAUUUGCAUAUUGGAUACAUUAAGAUUACCAUCUUUUUUGUUACAAUAGGAUUCUUCUAGAGCCUGGGUCUUAAAGAUAGGUAUUUGUAAUGACUUUUUAAAAGGCAGGAACAUGAUUCUGCAGUCCAGUGAAAUUUCUCAGGGUAACUUUUUAAAUGUGUACAAACUUUUAUACAUGUAAUAAAGAUUGUU